UUAAAACUACUACUACGACUUCUUUGAGCGAUGCAGAGUCCAGCUUUUGGCUCGUGCAAUUUCAGACCUUUCUGAGCGGAGAGAAAAAAGCUUUCGAGGAUGUACUACGUGAAAAAGAAGUCCCAGUACAACCUCCUGAGUAGCAGCAUGGAGAGCCUGGGGAGCCGUGGUGCCCCUGCCAGCCCGUACGGUUCGGAGCAGGCGUCCUCGUCGGCGGUGCCCACCCCCUCGCCGUACUCCCAGCCCAACUCCACCUUCGAGGGCCUGUCCCCGGCUCCGGCCAUCCCGUCCAACACCGACUACCCGGGGCCCCACGCCUUCCACGUGUCCUUCCAGCAGUCCAGCACGGCCAAGUCUGCUACGUGGACGUAUUCCCCUCUGCUGAAGAAGCUCUACUGUCAGAUCGCUAAGACCUGUCCCAUCCAGAUAAAACUGUCUUCGGCCCCGCCCCCCGGCAGCAUCAUCAGAGCCAUGCCCGUGUACAAGAAGGCGGAGCACGUCACCGAGGUGGUCAAACGCUGCCCCAACCAUGAGCUGGGCCGGGAUUUCAACGACGGUCAGACAGCUCCAGCCUCUCACCUGAUCCGUGUGGAGGGGAACAACCUGAGUCAGUACGUGGAUGACCCAGUGACCGGCCGCCAGAGCGUCUGCGUGCCCUACGAGGCUCCACAGGUGGGGACAGAGUUCACCACGAUUCUGUACAACUUCAUGUGCAACAGCAGCUGUGUGGGCGGCAUGAACCGGAGACCCAUCCUCAUCAUCAUCACUUUGGAGAGCAGAGAUGGUCAGGUGCUGGGCAGGAGGUCUUUUGAGGGGCGGAUCUGUGCGUGUCCUGGGCGUGACCGUAAAGCCGACGAGGACCACUACAGGGAGCAGCAGGCCCUCACUGAGAGCGCCAACAAGAACGGCAGCGCCAACAAACGCAAUUUUAAACAGAGCCCGUCGAGUAUUCCCAGUCCAAACAUUAAUAUGAGGAAGAGGCGGCACGGUGAAGAGGAGAUUUACUAUAUUCCAGUGCGCGGGCGUGAGAACUUUGAGCUCCUGAAUAAGAUCAAGGAAAGUCUGGAGCUGAUGGAGCUGGUACCUCAGCCUUUGGUGGAGUCCUACAGACAGCAGACGCAGCAGCAGCUCAUCCAGAGACCGAACAACAUAGCGUCCCCUUCGUCUUACUCUCCUAUGUCCAACAUGAACAAGCUCCAUGGAGGCAUGAACAAAGCCCCUUCGGUCUCUCAGAUGGUGGGACAGUCCCAACAGAACGCGCACAUGGGUGCGGGUAUGCUCAACAGCCACCACAUGCAAACCAAUGGAGACAUGAAUGGAGGACAUGGCAGUCAGAGCAUAGUGUCCCACUGCAGCCCGCCCCCCAACUAUAACCCUGACCCCAGCCUCGUCAGUUUUCUGACCAAUCUGGGCUGCCAGAACUUCAUCGACUACUUCACUUCACAAGGGUUCCAGUCGGUCUACCAUCUGCAGACGCUGUCCAUGGAGGAACUGGGCGCUCUGAAGAUCCCGGAGCAGUCCCGCAUGGCCAUCUGGAGAGGUCUUCAGGACAUGAAACAGUCGUCCGUCCCCAUGGCUCCCUCUGCCCACCAUCACCACGACUACCACGGCCAGCAGCUGCUCCGCUCCAGCAGCAACAUGGCCAUGGCCACACUGGGGGCGAGCGGAGGGGAGCUCCAGCGGCAGAGGGUCAUGGAGGCCGUGCACUUCCGGGUCCGGCACACCAUCACCAUCCCCAACCGGGCCGUGGGGGCUGGGGGCAUGGCCACGGCUACCGACGAGUGGGCGGACUUCGGCUUUGACAUGCCGGACUGCAAGAUGUCACGCAACAAGCACUCGAUCAAGGAGGAGUUCAUGGAGAGCGAUGUUCACUGAGAAAAAGGGGUGUCCAAAAGGAGCCCAUGUAAAAGAUGUGGUAUCAUUUAUCUGUUUCUGAUAACCACGACAUUCAAGAGGCCUGUAGUGUUAGACUGAGGUGCGAGCAGGUUUUCUGGUGGCUGCUUAAAUUAGAGAUAGACCGGUAUUUGGACUUUUUUUACUAUCAGCCUUAAAUCUCCAGAACAGGCUGACGUUUUAUUUUGGUCAAUCUGCCGCCUCAAAAAUACACACAAAGCUUCAUUUGAACAGUUAAAUGCGAAGAGAUAACUGCACAAAACAUGACUACACUGCUCUCUUAUAGGAUUGUGGUAAAAAGAAAAGGGCUGUGGCUCUACAUACAGUAUCAUCAUAGAUUAUUGGCCAGUGGUUGCUCUAAACAACUGAUUUCAGCUUUGAAAAAAACAUCGGUGAAUCUCUGUCUUAAAUUAAAAGUGCACUAUGUAGCUUUUUGAGUUUGUCUCCAUGGAGAUGUUACUGUUUUGUCUGGAAUGUUCCAUGGUAUAGCUUAUCUCUUACUAUGGACAUAAGAUGGUGGCGCCUUCAAGUCAGGGUCAGGUUACAGGUCAGAUCUGUGGAGAGGCGACAGUGCUCACAGUAAGAAUGCACGUUUUUUACAAAGUGAGCAUUAAAAACACCUGUAAUUGAAUACAAGAUGUAAGUUUAAUGCCAUACUGAGGAAUAUUCUAGGCAUAGAGACAAGUAGAUGGUUGACCCACCAGAAAAGUUGCAUAGUACUGUAGACCUUUAACUAAGAUUAGAGCAGAUUU